CCAUCACCAGAGCGAGCAACACCACGGUCUCCACUACUACGGCUGGCAAAGGUCACAGCGGCGAUGAUGACGACGACCACACGACCUUCACUGCUGCUGCUGCUAGUAGCGGCGCUAUUGUUCCUCUCUACUCCGGCUCUGGGUCAAUUCUUCAACUUCUUCAAUCAGCAAGGCGGACAGGCGCGUGAGCAGGAGGCCCCUCCCAGCGGCGAUGCAUCCUGGUUCGAAGCUCGUACGGAAGCCUCACAAUGUCCACACUACCUCUGCCCACGAACUCUCAGCUGCGUCUCCCACCCAAGCAAAUGCCCCUGUCCUUUCCCACAACAGAAGCGGUGCGCCUAUCCAGACCCAGUCACCGGCAAACUCGAGGAUGGAGGAGCAUUCUGCGUUCAGCAGGAGGAGGGUUGUGCAAAGGUAGAGGCGGCGAGGGGUCAGUGGUGGCAGUGGAAGGAGCUGGAUAAGGACCUGAUGAAGGGGCUGUAGUGAGCGGGGGGGCACUUGGGCAGAUAGCGUCAAAAGCUGGAACCGAACGGGAAUUUGUCUAUAUCCUGCUGUACGCUGAGUCGAUUGAUGUACGAGUCGAGCUUCUCAAGCUCAUCCAUGAGGCCAUCUUGUGGUGGAGCGGCGACUGG